UGUAAGAAUUAUUGAUUUUAUAUAAUCAGAUAUUUAAUUAAAAAUGGAAAAAAAAAUAAAUAACGACCAUUGAAACGUGAAAUGAAUUUUUUUCUACUCAGAAGUAUAUUAAAAAAUAAAAGUGAGUAAUACCGAGAGGAAAUGUCGGAGACGGGCGAAAUUACACUAGGUAAACUUUAAAAAUAGUAAAAAAAGAGAUAGAUGAUUUAUGAAUACAUUAGAGAGAUGAGUUGGGUGGCGAGCAUGAGUAUGAGGGUUGAAGUUUAAAACGCGAGUUGAAGGCGGGGAAGUUGGAGAAGGUCUUCGAACCCCCGUUGGUGAUAUCAUAGCCAGCUCAGAACUGCUCUGAAUUUCACUAGUGAACUUAGUCUGCAUUGCGCAUUCACCAAGCAGGCGCAACGUGUAUCGCGAAAGACCGCGACGUGACGACGCGACGCUCAUCACCCUUUUUUUUCACCACUGUGUGGUCCUCGCGGUCGUCAUCGUCACUCAACAACAGGCCUCCCCACACUUACCUUUGUUUUACCCGUUUUUAAAUAUUUACUCUCUACGGUUUAAAAUAGUAAAUAAAGUUAUUAUUAUUAUUAUUAUAUUAUAAUUAUCCAGUUACAUCGUUUUUACCUUCAGCCCUUAUUGAUUUCAUUUUUCGAGUACUUUUUAGUUAAAUAUUGUCAAGUACUUCUGUUUAAACAUAAAUAAUGUGGGGAAGAGCAAGCAUGGGAGCUGUUGUGCUGAUCGUGUUGGCGUCUGUUUUCGCUUGUUGCCAAGGAAGCAACGUGGAGUCACGUCCUACGGAGGCGGAGGUUGAGUCGAUGGUAUCGCGUGCCACUAUGUGGCUAUGGUACCAAAGAGAUCAAGACGCUGGGUGGUUCAACAACACCCACUGGGUCCUUCUGGCUCUCAGGUUAGCAAACUUGUCUCGUACUGACAAUAAUCCCUCAUCUGUGUCUGUCGAGCUACAACUGAGUAACAAGCAGUUGGAAUUGGAGAUUGUUAUCUUGCUCUGGAGGCAUAGAGAAGUAGGAUUUUCAGAAACAAGUCUAGCUCGUUAUACUCUUGCUUUGAAUGCUCUGUGUAUGGAUCCUCGACAAUUCCACGGUCAUGAUUUAAUAGGGACGCUUCAACAUCACGCACCGCCUGUAGAUUAUGAUUUUGCAUUGACUACUUUAGCUGCCUGCAGUGCUCAAGCUCAUAUUAGGAAACGACAAAUUGGAAGACUUUUAGAUAUUACUAAUGCUGUUCAGUAUCAUAAUAUUGAUACAAUCGCAAUGGUAGUUCUGGCGUUAAGAUGUAUUAUCCAGGACCACAGACACCGGAAUCUCGGUCACUUUGUGCGGAAGCCAGCAAUGAGUUUAACAAAACGUCAGAGACUGGACGGAAGCUUUGGUGAUUUACGGACGACCGCUCUGGCAAUGCAGGCGCUCAAACAAGUGGAAAACGAACCCGCAGACAAUUGGAACAGAUCAGCAGCAUUGUCAUGGCUGAUAUCGCGUCAGCAGCUUGACGGUUCUUUUGAUCAAGAUGUUUAUUUAACUGCCCAAGUCAUUCUUGGAAUUAUUCCCAAGAGUCUUAUUAAUAUUAGAAGCUUAAACUGCCUGCUAAGCAACAACACACUUCCUGGUCUCAUUCCUAAUAAUAACUUCAACGACAAUUUCAUAUCAUCAAGCACAGCCGUAAAUGCCGAGACAAAUACGAGCGCUUAUGAAUUGACCGGGUCAAAAGUAUCCACCCAGACAACUCCUCAUCAGCUGGUUAAUAUUUCGUACACUCUGUGGGUUGGAACUAAUGAAACUUAUCAUUUGACAGUAACAGCCCCUAAAAAUGAAACAUUUUACGGAGUUAUGCUACUUGCCGCCGAGAUGUCUCCGCAUUUUCAAUUUUCAGCGUCUGAGUGGCCUAACGGCCAUUAUGUUCAUACUCUUGCGGGUUAUAAAGAGGAACCCAUGUCAUAUCAUUAUUGGCUACUUUACAGACUCACAUCCCCGCCGGACUUAUCUUCUCCGCCGGGUAAUCAACUCGUCGCUCCUGGAGGUGUGGAUGAUCUUGAAAUAAGCCAAGGAGAGUACUAUCUCUUCUGGUACAAAAAACUUUAAGAAGAAGAAAUAUCAAAAAGAGUUUUAUCAAUAGCAAGAUAAUAAUCUUGAAACUACUGUAGUGUUUACAGUCUAAAAUGUCUAAAAAUUUAUUUCGAUAUUAGUUUAACGAUAAUUAAUAAUAAUAAUAAUAAUAAUAAUAAUAAUAACAAUAAUAAUUACAAUAAAAUAAUUAUCAAUUAAUAAGGAUUAAACACUAGUAAGUAAUUGUCAUGCUGACAAGUAAAAACAAAUAUAUAAGUAAAAAUACAUUUUGUAACAGACAAAUGCCUGAAU